GCCGCCGGGAUCCGACGGGCGGGACCACCGGACAGGCGGGAGGGGACGCGGAGGGCACUGAGCGGGGCUCGGGGGUCCAACCGGCGCCGGUCUCGGACCCUGAUGCCCGACCCUGUCGGUGGAGUGAAGAGAAUGGGGAGAAGAGAGAGAGGACUACUUGCCGUGCGCAUGGUGGUGUCCGUGGCCCCGUGCCGAUCGAUCGUAACCACCACCUGUGAGAUCCGCAGUAGCAUACCCACGGUGCAGCGCGGGGACCACGGCUCACAGCUGGUGGCAGAGCAGGACUGGAAACCAACCUAACUUAGCCGCCGGGCCGCUUAAUCGCUGUCCUCUGAAAUGCUUUCCGAGGCCUCGCUGUGCCAGGCUCUGCCCAGGCGCUGGGAACACUUGCUUCGUUGCCCCUGGGCUUUAGGAGGUCACCGUCUGUGGAGAAGAGCUUUGGUGAUUGUUGCGGGAUUGCUUGGCAAAGACAGCCCCCAGUGCUGAAGCCCACGGCGAGCCAGAGCCUGUUAAAGCCAGGUUCCACAACUGGGAAUAAGUAAACUGCCCUUACCAAGUGUGCAGCAUGUAAACAGCUCGGUACAGAGAUUCUGCUAAUUCAGAUGCCUGUCAGAUGCCUGCCAAAUGCCAGGACUGAACUCCGAGCGAGAGGUGGAAGGGUGUUUCCAAACAGGACAUUCGUGAACAGAUUUGGGACUACAUGGAAUCACAAAAUUUAGCUGAUUUUCCCCGGCCUGUUCAUCACAGGAUUCCCAACUUCAAGGGCUCUUAUCUGGCUUGCCAAAACAUCAGAGAUCUAGAAGUUUUUGCCAGAAUGCAGGAAGUUAAAGUGGACCCCGAUAAACCACUGGAAGGUGUUCGGCUGCUGGCGCUGCAGAGCAAAAAAACAUUGUUGGUCCCAACACCACGACUGAGAACGGGGUUAUUUAAUAAGAUCACACCACCUCCUGGGGCAACUAAAGACAUCUUGAGGAAAUGUGCUACCUCUCAGGGCGUGAGGAACUACAGCACUCCUGUGGGCUUGGAUUCCAGGGUUCUUGUGGACUUAGUUGUGGUGGGGUCCGUUGCUGUUUCUGAAAAAGGCUGGAGAAUUGGGAAGGGAGAAGGUUACGCUGAUCUGGAAUAUGCCAUGAUGGUGUCAAUGGGAGCGGUCAGCCAGGGGACGCCCGUGGUCACCAUCGUCCAUGACUGCCAGGUCAUCGACAUACCUGAAGCGCUGCUUGAAGACCACGACCUAACAGUGGACUACAUUCUCACUCCGACGAGAGUCAUUGCCACGGGGUGCGAGCGCCCAAAACCAACGGGAAUCUUGUGGUGCAAGAUCAGCUGUGAGGUGAUGGGGAAAAUCCCAAUACUCAGAAGCCUUCGUUACCGAGAGAGGCAGGCUGGGAAAGAUGUCUCCCUUCAGGAUGAGCCCCGGCACCUUCUGGGAACCGGCAGCCAGCAGCCACCUCCCCUGAGCACUGUCAGAAGACCCCAAGACCCACACCAGCCCGAAUCCUGUUCGGGGCAGGGGGAGGAUGGGCCUUCUAACACUGUUUACAUUGGCAACCUUCCCCGGGACGCCCGAGUGAGUGAGCUGAAGAAAGCCCUCCGAGAACUGGGUGCAGUCCCUCAGAGGCUCACGUGGCAGGGGCCAAAGCGCAGGGCCUUCCUUCACUACAAGGCCCCCACCUCAGCCCAGCAGGCUGUCUCCUGCUUGCAGGGCUUGCGCCUGGGUGCUGCCACCUUGAAGGUGGCACUGGCCAGGCAGCAGAAGGCCGGCGACGAGACAGGCGGCCGUGCAGACGAGCCGUACCCUGACUGUCACUCGGCUGUCUCAGACCUGUGAUGAUGUGUGCUGCUCUGGUCCCUGUGGAACUUAAGGGGCCUGUACUCGGGACUCAGCGGAGUGUUGCUGCAUGAGCUGCUUUGGGCCCAGUCCUUUCCAGGAUGUCCCAGCCUCUGUCACUGCCUGGGACCUCCUGAUGAGUAGGAAGCUAGCCAUUAGUGCACUGCUGGCACAUCCAGGCCCUGCUCUGUCUGGGUCCGUCAGCCUGCUUGCUGGGCGUUACAGCCCUGCUGGUUUCUCUGUGGUAGUACAGAGGCUGUGGGGAACCGAGCGGGUGAUGAACAAGUGGGAGUAAAUGGUGACAGCGGUUAGGAGCGCGCCUGUGCUCUGGAAUUGGGAGGAGGGCAGAUUAGUGGGGAGAGGCCCUAGCAGGGAUCAGAUGCCAAGCACACCCUGCUGUUCUUGGAUCCUUGGUCUGGUGUGACUGCAGGGGGAGAGCUAUGUUCACAUCACAGAAGCCAAGUCCCCUGGCUGCAGACUGCUUGUCGCAGCUCCGUGCUAGUGUCAGCGCUGGAGGGCCAAUCUGAUGUGCGGGCAGUGUGCAUCUCACUUCUGUGCCUUCCUUGCCUUUCCAGCCUCUCCCCAUCUCUGGCUGAACACCCUGCACUCCUCGCUGUCUUGUAGGAGGUACUGGUCGUGGAGAAGGCAGUCCCAGCCUACAUCAGACAGUGACAGAGAUGCUCACACGGAUUUGCCCAAUGCCUGAUGUUUCUUGGGUUUUUCCUCCAUUUCUCUGUUCCUAAAAAACAAAACUGGAUUUUGGCUGAACUAUGCUUUCUUAAACAGAAGUGCUUUUGCAGUUGAUCCUGGGCAAAAAGUCAAAGUAAGCACAAGUGGAGAUUCUAUUUUUUUUUUUAAUGUAUAUGUGUUCAAAAUUUUAAUUUUUUCACCAGAGGGUCUUACUGAGCAUGUUUUAAGCACACGAUCGUACUUCAAGAGGGUACGCCUUGCAGGUACUUUGAAUAAAACCUUGAGGCACUAUCUCCCUUUGCAAAAGCAUUUUGUCCUUGGUUUUAUAAUGAAAAUACUGUGGAUAUGUCAAAAAGUCAGUCUGCCCUUAGGUUGCUCAUUAAGUGCAGGCUCCUUUCCCCAGCCGUCAUGAGUAAAACGAAGGGCAAAAAUACCUGAAAAACAGUCCAGCUCCUCUCCUUUGGGCUUCUGGGCCCACUCUUCUCCCCCUGAACCAUCUACCCCAUCCACGUGGCUGGUUACAUUUUAUCUCCUGGCGCCGAAUCUGGUCAUCUAACUCCUUACAUUUUUAGGGUUU